CGCUGCGCGGCGGCAGCGGGAGCGAGCGGCAGCUGUCAGGCCACCGAGGUCCAAGCUGCACUUGCUGCCCCAUUGAGGACGAGGCGACAGCUCGAGCUGUGACCUGGUCGCUGAGGAGCCAGACUAGAAGCACGCAGAGCUGAGCUGCCUGACAUCUGCAGCCCUGUCCUUUCUCCUUCCCAUUGUGUUGGAACCCUAAUAAAAGAAUAAAGCACCAAGAGGGACAAAGGAGAAGGCUGAAUUGUGAAAAAACCCAGCUGGGUUCUUUUGUUUGCAAGCUUUUCCCUGUUUGGUGCUGCAACAAUGAGUGGGAAAUCCCUUCUCUUAAAGGUCAUUCUCUUGGGUGAUGGUGGAGUUGGGAAAAGCUCACUUAUGAACCGUUAUGUCACCAACAAGUUCGACUCCCAGGCUUUUCACACUAUUGGGGUAGAGUUCUUAAAUCGAGAUCUGGAGGUAGAUGGACGCUUUGUGACACUGCAGAUCUGGGACACUGCAGGGCAGGAACGUUUCAAGAGCCUUAGAACGCCGUUCUACAGGGGAGCAGACUGCUGCCUGCUGACCUUCAGUGUGGAUGACCGGCAGAGCUUCGAGAACCUUGGUAACUGGCAAAAAGAAUUCAUCUACUAUGCAGAUGUAAAGGACCCAGAGCACUUCCCCUUUGUAGUUCUGGGUAACAAGGUAGACAAAGAGGAUAGGCAAGUGACGACCGAGGAGGCACAAGCCUGGUGCAUGGAGAAUGGGAAUUACCCUUAUCUAGAAACAAGUGCCAAAGAUGAUACUAAUGUGACAGUGGCCUUUGAAGAAGCUGUUAGGCAGGUGUUAGCUGUAGAGGAACAGCUGGAACAUUGCAUGUUAGGUCACACCAUUGAUUUGAACAGUGGUUCCAAAGCAAGUUCUUCAUGCUGUUAGAUUUAGGGACUCUGUUCAGAAGUGUGCACUAAGUUGGUUAGUUCAUAGUGUAAGAACCACUGUGCCCUCUGGUAGUACAGAUACACACACACACACACACACACACACGCAUGCACACGCACACACGCACACAUGCACGCAUACGCAUGCACACACACACACACACACACACACACACACACGCGCGCGCGCACACACAUGAGCGUGCCAGGGUAAAAGAUGAGGUUCUACUUUUGAAACAGAACCUUUCAAAUUGAAGUUGUAGAGCAGUUAACAAAAAAGCUUUAUUGAGCCAAGUGUAUUUUGUGUGAUUUCUGCUAUUUUCCUUUCUUGUGUGUCUCGGGACACUUCAGAAAGUUUUAGUCCUGAGAGAUUUAAGUAUUUUUAAAUCAAGGUUUAAACCUAGAACCCAACUGCAUGAAGGAGUGAAAGAGCUUAAAGUGUUCCAUUAGCCAGCUAGCAGAUGCCACCACCAGACUCCUGCCAAGCAGUUUAUGGCAUUUCUACCAAAGGGAAAAAGAAGAUUCUGAGCUGUAUUACAGCAAAAAUAACAAUGGAAGCAAGGAUUUCUAUGCAUGAAUUAGACAAAGGUGGUGAUGAUUAGGGAUGUAGAUGUAUAAAAAUACACACUGAUAUGUUCAAAUCCUUAUGUAUGGUUUAAUCUCAUAUGAACUUAAAAAUCAUAUCAACAAGACUUGCUCUAAUGACACUGGAGGUUGAUUCUAAUCCAUGUUGUGUGAGUCACAGGACACUAGUGAAUGGGUUACGCUUAAAUAUGCCAACUCCCUUUGCAAAUACAUGGUUGGCCUGCUUUUCCUUCAUACGUCUACUGCUGCUGCGUAGAGAUGUUGCUUCCUUUACAACUUAUCAAUUUAGCAAUGCUGCUUAGUAUGUGGCUUCAGGUGCCGUGCUCUCUGCCUACAAUUUAGAUGGUCCUAUGGUCCACCAUGCUGGCUCAUGAAGAAGACUUCAGGAAAGGUUAGAGAGUAAUGGGCUUUUCUCACAGGUCCCUUCACUCAGUUGUGUGUUGUAGAGGAAGGGUCUAAUGCUUGGGAUGUCUCACCAAGUGUACAGCUGGCCAAAUUUGGACAGUAAAACUGGCAAAAGAGCAGAUUUUUAAAAACUUUGUGUUAGAAUGAAUUCCUCAUGAUUUGUUCAAAAGUGGAAUAGACUGCCUUAAUAGUGAGCUCCCUCCCAGUAAACGUAGUCACUACGUAGCCAUCUGUUCAAGUACUGCAAAAAGAAUUACUGUGUUGGCUACAUGUUUGGUAUAAGAUUCCUUUAGGUUUAAGUUCGGAAUUUACAAACUCAUCAGUGCCAUGUUCUGGUUGGUGUUAUCUGAAAAUGAUAACUAAGACUAUAGAGAGGGCCUUAAAAAUCCUCAAGCCAUUCUGGGAUUAGCCUUUAACAACUACUAUUAAAAUAUUCCAAAGACACCAUGUUCAAAAAUGGUUUGACAAAUUUUGAAUACCAUGACUGCCAAUUAUAUGCUGUAUGAUGAGUGUGCCGUCUGGUUUUUGUUGGUUGAUCCGCAUAGAUUUUAAUCUGUGCUUUAAAAUGUGUAUGCUAAAAAUUGUGACCCACUGUAGAGAGGGACAGUUACACAAGGCUUCCCCCAAGAGAUUUAGGCCCAGGAUGGGGUGGGAGCAUUCACAGGAAUACAGCCUAGAAUUCUCCAUUGUAGCCAGACAUGGAAUCAGCCUUACAUGUGGGACCUUAUGUGCUUUAAGAACUCUGGUACUUUUUGGCCACAUAGACAAGAGGAGGACAGUAUUUCAACCCAGACGUAUUCAGUAUUUCCAAUUAUGGCAUAGUCCUGACCCUAUUGUCCAAUUAAUUUGAAUGCCAGAAGUCAAAGCCAGAACGGGGACCCCCACAGCUCUUAAAUAUAGGUUCCUAUCCUGCCUAUGCCUAUAGCCAGCCACACUGGUUUUAAUGUUCUACAGUCAUUUUGCUACAAACAUGUUCGGGUGAAACUCUGUAUGUCAGAGUUGAUAAGUAGUAAUUGUUUUUAAGUGCAUGAGACCUGGGGCCUUCUCUUUCUAUUCGCACUCUGCUGAUAAUAGUUUCUAUUUGUAGAUCUCAGGCCUUCAUAAAGAUUUCCAUCAUCAGCUCACAAAACUAUUUGUCUCUGUAGAGUGGCAUGUGGUCAUUUGAGUAAAAAUAAAAGUACAUGGGUAUUCACAGGCAUCCUGUCCAUCGAGACAAGUGUUAAUGUAAGUGGCAGGUACAUUGAAGCCCCUUUCUUCUUAGCCAUACACUUUUUUUUCUAUCAGAUUACUUUACAAUAUCAAUCACUUAACAGUAAGUGACAAAACAGUGUCAUUUUUGUGAGUAACACUCAGUGGGUGCUGACAUAUAGUUUUGGUAAGAUUAAAAACACCAAAAGCUGACAUUUGUGGUACCAGGAAUUGUGCGUAUGUGUUUUGAAAUCGAUCAUGUAUCUAGAAUGUGCAGUGAAAUAUUUUCAAUAGGUGUUUUUUAAUGGACACUAGAUUUUUGGAAAAAUGUAUUUCUAAUUAGAAGCAUACUGUUUUUCAAUAGUCCAUUAAAACAUCAUACAAAAAUAUUUAUUUAGUUUAUUGCCACGUAUUGGCUUUCAAGGGGCCUCAAGUACCAUAUGUCUUCAGUGGAUUGAUGAAUUCAGGUGUAUUUGUAUCUGCCUCAGCCAACUCUACUUUAUCCUGAGGUAUUCCACAGUCCUCUUGCCGCAGGUGCUGCUAAACAUCUCAAAAUGUGUAUAAGAUAUUGUUCCAGUUGUUUAAAAAUUCAUGUGUCAAAGUGAAUAAAAAGUGCAUUUUGAACAACCAA